AUGGCAUCCUAUUUCGAGACUUUCACGGGGGGAUGCAGUACCCUCAUCGAGGAUCGUCUCAGAGAAGCUCCUUUCCAAAGCCAACCAAGCACCACCAACCACCAAGAUGUUCACCUCGACCAUCAUCAGCAGCCUAAUACUAGGCCUGACCCAACUCCCAAGCAGCUACGCCCUGCCCAGGAAGCGAAGCAACCAAAAAAGGGCUUCAUAAUCAACCACGUCGGAUCGGACUACUUCCCGCACGCAAAGAGCGACCUGAGCGCCUUCGACGUGGACGUCCGCUACGUCGGCUACACACCCGCAACGGAAAGCUGGCUGACAGCCCUAAACCCACACGGCGGGGCUAGCGACGAAGACGAGGCGCGCAUGCUCACAUAUUUUGCCAAGAAAUACGAUGACAACGACGUCGACAUGUCAAACGAAGUGCAAGCCCUGCUGGCGCACGUCGCGGGUAACAGCACUAGUGCCAUCGAGAAGCGGUCUAGUUUCGUGACUAGCGCUGCGCAUGCUGUGGUCUGGGAAGCGUGCAAUGGUUUCUUUGCUUGUAUCGCCGGCGAGACUUGCACUUUCGAUCAGAAUAUUGGAAAGGCGCCGCGCAGUCAUUGUGAGUCGCAUGGCAGGUCGAACUGCUAUAUUAGUUAG